AGAGCAAUCACCACCAAGCCUGACAUAACUGCACGGGCUCUGCCAGUAGCUUCCUGAGGUGCCGAGGAAAUGAGGAUGGAGGAAGGAAUGAAUGCUCUCCAUGACUUUGGGAUCCAGUCAACGCGCUACCUUCAGGUAAAUUACCAAGACUCCCAGGACUGGUUCAUCUUGGUGUCUGUGAUUGCCGACCUCAGGAAUGCCUUCUAUGUCCUCUUCCCCAUCUGGUUCCAUCUUCACGAAGCUGUGGGCAUCAGACUCCUCUGGGUAGCUGUGAUUGGAGACUGGCUCAACCUCGUCUUUAAGUGGAUUCUUUUUGGACAGCGCCCAUACUGGUGGGUCCUGGACACUGACUACUAUAGCAACACCUCUGUGCCGCUGAUAAAGCAGUUCCCAGUCACCUGUGAGACUGGCCCAGGGAGUCCUUCCGGCCAUGCCAUGGGUGCAGCAGGUGUAUACUACGUGAUGGUCACCUCUACCCUUUCUAUCUUCCGUGGAAAGAAAAAACCAACAUACAUAUUUCGGUGCUUGAACAUCAUGCUGUGGUUAGGAUACUGGGCUGUGCAGCUGAACGUCUGUCUGUCACGGAUCUACCUUGCUGCUCACUUUCCCCACCAAGUUGUCGCUGGAGUCUUGUCAGGCAUUGCUGUUGCUGAAACUUUCAGUCACAUCCGGAGCAUCUACAAUGCCAGUCUCAAGAAAUAUUUUCUCAUCACCUUCUUCCUGUUCAGCUUUGCCAUUGGAUUUUACCUGCUGCUGAAGGAGCUGGGAGUGGACCUCCUAUGGACCCUGGAGAAGGCCAAAAGAUGGUGCGAACGGCCAGAAUGGGUCCACAUUGACACUACGCCCUUUGCGAGCCUCCUCAAGAACCUGGGGACCCUCUUUGGCCUGGGGUUGGCUCUCAACUCCAGCAUGUACAAGGAGAGCUGUAAGGGAAAACUCAGCAAGUGGUUCCCGUUCCGCUUCAGCUGCAUCAUGGUCUCCCUGGUCCUCCUGCACCUCUUUGACUCUUUGAAACCCCCAUCCCAAAUCGAGCUGAUUUUCUAUGUCUUGUCCUUCUGCAAGAGCGCAGCAGUGCCCUUGGCAUCUGUCAGUCUCAUCCCUUACUGCCUCGCCCAGGUCCUGGGCCAGCCCCACAAGAAGUCUUUGUAA